AAGGUGAGGAGUUUGAAAGGGUGGGAGGGAAUCCUCCGUUCACAGCCAAACUUAAACUCGAUCUGCCAUGUUUACCGAGGUCGUAGAUUUUAUGGCUUGGUUAGAACUACGGAAGCUGAGUCUACAUGGUGUAAUCUUGUCGUGCACAUCAACAAUUACUAAAGUUGGAUGGCGGGGCAUAUUUCCACCGGACUUUUGUCCUGGGCUCAUACGUGCGCUCGUCUUUUCUAGUUGCUAUUGUUCUUCUUUACACGCGUAGAGCAGUUGCAUGCUUAUCUUCUAGCGGAGGACCUGUGAACAGAGCAGAUUUUCUGGAAGAAUUAGUCGACCUCUUUCCUUCUCUCUCUCUCUGUGAUCGCUGUCUAAUAUCAAAACAGAAGAGCCCUCGCAAAGAUAAGGUUGGGAAAAUGGCGACCACAGCGGAGGAGUCGAGAUCUCAGUCGGUACUCGAGAAGUUGAAGGAUGAGGGGGAAGAGGUCGACUCUUCAUCGUCGGAUUCCGAUGGCGAGGGACCAUCCAGCGUUUCCGGUAGGAAGGAGAUGCCCGUACACGCCCUCUUGGGUGGAGGAAAACCUGCUGAUAUUCUCCUCUGGAGGAAUACGUACACCACUGCAAGUAUCCUUGCGGGAGUUACAGUCAUCUGGUUUCUGUUUGAACUGCUAGGCUAUCAGUUGCUUGUAUUGGUCUGCAACUCUCUUAUGCUGUCACUGGCUUCGUUGUUUGUCUGGUCCAAUAUGUCUUCCUUCAUCCGCAAAUCUCCACCAAGAUAUCCUGUAAUUCAUUUUGAGGAGGAUUUAUUUGUGAGAGGAGGUGUGUAUCUGACACUCCUAAUGAACCAGAGCAUCACUUACUUCCAAGAGGUGGCAUUGGGAAGAAACUUAAAGAAAUUUGUCAUGGUGGCCGUUGGAUUAUGGUUUCUUGCCGUAAUUGGUAGUUGGUGCAGUUUCUUAACUCUAUUCUACAUAGCUUUUAUCAUGUUGCAUACCGUUCUAGUUUUGUAUGAAAGGUACGCGGAUCACGUUGACUGCUUUGCGGACACGGCGCUUCUGGAAAUCAAGAAACAAUUCAAUGCUUUGGGUGAAAAGUUUCCAAAGAAAAUAUUACCUCGAGUCCCACUUAAAAACAAAAAACAGCAUUGAUACGCUUUCUUUUCUUUGUCCUUUGGGUGUGAUGCUAGGCUGCGGAGGUUUGUUGUAAUUUAUCCACUUUUUUGUUUCAGUGUGUCCUGAUUGGGCUUUGGGGGCUUGGGAUUUCAAUGUGUUGAGGCCAUUUUUUUUUUUUUAAAAAAUUCCCAAGUUCAUUUGUUUA